ACUAUAGGCUGUCUCGACGUGUAUGUUCUGAACACUCCGCAACAUGUUAAUGAGUUUUCGUCUGCUCUCAACGAAAAAUUCACGUGGCGUAUUCAGUAUACGAAAGAAAGACACUAGUUCAAGACAUUUACCCUCUUGAUCGAACCUUUUAUCUAGUACCAAUUGUGCAAUAAGCAAACUGAGGAACGAUGCCAGGCAAAGGGGGCAGAAGAGGAAAGUGCGGUGGAAAAAGAGCUGAGUUUACAUCUGAUGAGGAUUCCGUCAACAAUGAUGCGUGCAGUGAUAUUAGCGGCCAAUCUGACAAUCGUAGCGUGCUAGAGGACGCGAAUGACAACGAGGUAGAUGAGCUCGCGCAGCAGGAGGUGUUCGAGGAGAAGCUGAAGGAGGCGAUCGACGGUCUGACGCAGAAGAGCGCGAAAGGCCGUACCGUCUGCUUCAAUGGCAUAGAAAAAAUUUUUGCUAUCAAAUACAUACCCGAUUUCGUGGAAGACAGAAAAAUGACUAUUACGGAUGCUGUGGAGCGUGGCUUGAAGAAGGGACGAGGCGACGAGCAGUCGACGGCGGCCAGAUUGAGCACCUUGCUGUGCGUCCAAUUGGGCGCCUUUGAGAGCGCCGAGAUGGUCUACAGAGAUCUAAAAUCAACUCUUACUCUUAUUGCUAACGACAAUACAGCUUCUGUUCACGCUCGUGCUGAGUGUUGCUGGGCAUUGGCCAUGAAUCAAUUCUUAUCGGGCAAUGAUGCGACAGACACCAUAGAAAUUGCACAGUUACUGUCAUCUAUCUUUUCGGGUUCUUAUUUGAAAGGAAACGGCGCGAUUGCAAACAUAUCCGCGGACGUAGCGGCACUACAUGUGGCAGCUAUUUCAUCCUGGACCUUGCUUCUAACAGUUAUGACUUCCGCAGAUAUCUAUAAUUUACUCGCAAGCGGCAGAACAAACAGUUACAUGCCUUCACUCAAUCGAUUGCGCGAAUUGCUGGAAUCGCCACAUCUCGAUGUACGCCUGUCAGCUGGCGAGGCACUGGCAGUGAUAUUUGAACUCGGUCGUGAUUUCUCCUGCGACUACGAGCAGAAUUACGCGCUCGACCUAGUGGAAAUUCUUAAGGAACUCGCCACGGACUCAAACAAGUAUCGUGCUAAGAAAGAUCGCAAACAGCAACGUGCUAAUUUUAGAGAUAUUCUGCGUUAUAUUGAGGAAGACAUCGUUCCAGAGAUGCAUGUGAAAUUUGGCCAGGAAAUUUUAUACUUAGAAGGAUGGUGCGCGAGAACUCAAUACAACGCCUGCUGCCGACUAUUAGGUCCCGGCAUCAAUAUCCAUCUUGCUGAAAAUCUACUUCUGCGCGAGAUCUUUCACCUCGGCAACAAAGUUCUACCUCCACCGAUCACGAUCAAAACAAGUAAAUUAGAGAGAACAUUGAUGAACGCGGCCGCGUUCAAGGCACGUACCAUUCAACGCAACAAGAAUCGCGACAAACGAUCUGCAGCUAUAGCACCGUAAUCACACUUCUACUCCCCUAUGCUGAUUGUCUCAUUUUAGUGUAAUGCAAGUAUAUUUAAAUUUUUUCUUUAAUUUAUUGUAACUAUAACUUUUAAUAGCGUAAAUUAAUGUUUUCACAAUAAUUCGCGAGUCGAAAUUGUACAGAUAUUCCACGUAAUGAUGUAUAUCCUUUUUUCCAUGUGUAAAUUUCUGAUGUGAAUAUAUGAUUCAUCUCGCCGUUUUAACUGUUAUUUAUCGCUAUAUUUAUUUAGUGAUAUUUAAUAAAGUUAUAUUUAAUAACGUUUGCAUGUAUAUACAAUUGUAUAUGCUGGUAACAAUUGCAUCUCAUAUAAAUUAUAUUAUUUUAGUACAUGUAUUAAAUGUUUUAUCAACUUAAAUAUUGAUUUUUCUCAUUGUUUUUUCCUUGGAUAUAUAUUGUGCAUGUUAAUUUUAACAGUAAAGUGUAAAUAAUAAUAAUGAUUUGUAAAUUUUAAUUGCUAUAGAUUAAAUUAUGUCAGGUUUAAAAAUUGAUUGUAACAUGUAAACUUAUCUCGUAUAUAACAGUAACUAGAUAUGUACAAGAUAUAUGAAAUAUUUACUGCAUUGUACAUAAUUACGUGUAAGUUGUAACGAUGUAUUCAAAUGAACUAAAAUAUAGAUUAUGUAAAGAUAA